AAAAAUGUUCCAAAUAACACAGACCAAAAGAACAAAGUCCUGCUUAAGCUGGUCACAGCCAUAAAGUCAACCGAGAGCAAACAGCAGUUGCCUGGGAACAAGGAGAAACAAAUCCAAUGUCUCGCAAAGUGAGUCUGUCUGAGGGACAGCUACUGCACAACAUGUCAGCUUUUUCCCUGAUCCAAGAUCUGUACGGUUCAUAUUUACAAAUCUCUUCGGGUAGCAUCUUGAUGCAAAGUGAAAUUCUCAGGCUGGAGAAAUAAAUGAGAGGCCCUUUUUUGUCUUUUCCCUGUUACUCAUUGUGCUGGAUCCAAGGACGCUGACUCAAUAGUACUGCCGGCUGGACUGUGUUGGGUAACAUAAUCUUUCAGACCGUUUCCUACCGUCAACUCCUCUGUCACGGCGCAUUCCUGAAUCCUGUUAACUGUGGUCCCCUUCACUGUCCUGUGACUCCCUGCAGCAGAAUGGCCAAGGGAAAGAAAACCAAACCGGCUAAAAGUAAGACCAUCACCUUGAAAGAGGCUGAGAACUGCGUGGAGCUGACUCUGGAAGGUGUGCGUCGUCUGAAGCUCGGUUUCAAGGAACUCGCCGCGGUGCCGAAGUGCAUCCAGAAGCUGUGUGAAAUGGAUGAGCUGGACCUGAGCAGGAACCUGAUUGCAAAGGUCCCGGACUUUAUUGGCAAUUUCAUGAAAAUCCGCGUUUUGGAUCUGCACAGCAAUUAUCUUGAGGAGCUCCCCGUGACAAUUGGACGUCUCCAGACCCUGCUGGUCUUGAACCUGUGUAACAACCGUCUGACGAGCCUCCCCAGCGAGAUCGGCCUGCUAAAGAACCUCCAGACGCUCAACCUGGGUAUCAACCAGCUGGAAAGUCUUCCGUCCUCCAUCUCUGCAUUAAAGGAUCUCCGCCACAUCGGCCUAUCUGACAACCGAUUCACCCGGGUCCCUGGCUGCCUCCGGAAGCUGAGCAACCUGGAGAGGAUCAACCUGGACAGGAACCCAAUCGCCACUGAGGAGGUACCCAGCAACGUGUCCCUAAUGAUGGCAGAGAGGCUUUAUCUGGUCCGGGAGCUUGACCUGUGUGAGGACUGCCUGAAUAAGUGCCAAACUGAGAGGAAGAAGGUGGAGGAUGUAGAAAACAGGAAGAAGACAUUACUGGGUAUACCCAACUUGGUGACCCAGGAAGACAGGGAGAUGUAGAGAUGGGUUUCUCUUAAAAAACACACAUAGAAAAUGUCUUUUCAUUAUUUAUUACUCUUUUUAUUUGACCAAAUUGUAAAUUCAAGCAUGUACCCUUGAUAGUAAAGUUAUUUUAAGUUGCAUUACAGCACCAUCUGCUGUUUUGAAACGUACAAUAAGUACAUUAGUACUAGAUUUAAGUACAUAAUAAGCACACUAUAUUAGUGCAUCAUGUACAUGAUGCACUAAUAUAGUUACAGACUGACUUUUGGGCCAAUAACCCAUCUCAAUCUUCUGAAGUUCUUCAAAAUAAAGUGUCACAUUGUUUAAAUAAAUUAGGUUAAUAUCCAAUGGGCCUAUUCAAUGACAAAAACCUAAUCUGGUUUCACAUUUGUGAUUUUCUCAUUUAUGGUAGGACACAGUUUAAAAAUACAAUUCUCAAGCAGCAUAAAUCAAAUUUCAAGCAGCUAUCACAGUUUUGUAAUUGUGACCUAUUGGCUAAAAGUAAGAAAACCACAGUGAAAGUGGCUCAGAAGUGUGUGGAGUUGACACUUGAUAGUCACAGUUACACAACUGUAAUAAAAACCUUUAUGUAUACAUUUGGCAGAUUUAAACGGCAUGAAAAAUAACAAAGGGAAAUGUAAAAAUGAUGUACAGUAUUGCAUGUGUUGACGAUCUCUUUGACCUAGAGGGCAGCAAAGACUAUCAGAAGCCACAAAUACCAACACUUCAUUCAACCAGGACUUUUCUGUCACUGAUUGUGAAUGUUUCCACAAGCUAUAACUUAUGUAAAUGUGUGAUCAAUUCCAGUAAAAGUAGUCUGUCAAUACAUUACUGUAGGCAUCAUCAUGGAUGCUUCUGUUUAUUUGAAAGCUCUUGAAAAGGGGCAGCGCUGAUUUUUCUGCACAUGCAUCUUCACUGUUACUGUCACUGUGAAAUUAAGUAUAUUAACUGCACAGCAAUGUGAUGCAACGAUUAAAGAGUAUCAUUUAUUCAUAGGAUCCUAAACGAGAAAUGCAUUGUAAUAUCACUGUUGUCCUUUAAAUAAACACAAAUCCACUUUUUGGUUA